UCCUGGUCAUGAGGGAAAUGAAGAACCCCAACAUUGUCACCUACCUCGAAAGCUACCUUGCCAAUGAGGCUGUGUGGCUGGUGUUGGAGUACAUGGAUGGAGGCUCCUUAGCUGGUGUGCUCCGGAUGAAAACAAUGGCUGUAGGACACAUAGCAACUGUCUGUCGGGAGUGCCUGAGAGGCCUGGAUUUCCUUCAUGCCAACAACAUCAUCCACAGAGACAUCAAAAGUGGAAACAUCCUUCUGGGCCUGGAUGGCUCUGUCAAGUUGGCUGAUUUUGGCAUUUGUGUUCAGUUCAUCCCUGAGAAAAGAAAACCAAGGGCGAGGGCCGGGACCGCUCGCUGGAUGGCACCCGAAGUUCUGAGGGGAGUGCCAUACGGCCCCAAAGUGGACAUCUGGUCCCUUGGCAUCGUGGGAAUAGAAAUGGCCAAAGGAGAGGCUCCGUAUAUUCGGGAGAACCGUGCCAGGGCUACCUAUCUGAUACGCACCCAAGGAAUACCAGACCUGGAAAAGCUCAACCUACACCCAGGCUUGUGUGAAUUUCUGGGCUGCUGCCUGCAGAUGGAUGUGGACAGGCGAGGCUCUGCCAAGGAACUUCUGAAGCAUCCAUUUCUCAAAUUAGCCAAGCCUCUCUUCGGCCUCUUCUGACAGCCCAGUUGCUGUCAUCCCUGCACCAAAGUAAUGCAGGAAGCAG